AUGUCUACCUCAACCUCCGACCACAAGGCCCACAUCAUUUCCCACCUGGAGCUCCUCAUCGCCCUCCACAAGCAAGUCCUCGUUCGCGACUGCCUGGACAUACUCCUUGAGCUUCUGACCAGAGACACGUUUACUGACGUGCUCGUGCUGGUAGAGGCAGAAAAUGAGCUAACGAUGCAGCACACCCAGCUAAUGCGCAUGCGGCUGCAUGAGUUUCGUAAUAGCGAUGGCGAGAUUUUAGAGCUCAGGGAGCACUUGGAAGAGGCCCAUCUGGAUUGUACGUAUUUGGCGGAUUUUUAUGAGGGUCUGGUGGGGUAUGUUGAGAGAUAUGAGGAGGCGGUGGUGCUGGAGAGGUGGGUGUUGUGGGUGACUUGGUAG